AUGAUCCCAGGUUUUCACUACGGCAUAUACUCCUGUGAGAGUUGUAAAGGAUUCUUCAAGAGGACUGUACAGAAUGGGAAGACAUUCACGUGCAAGCAGUCGUCAAGUUGUGCUGUAGAAGUUAGCAACAGAAAGAAAUGUCCUGCGUGUCGGUACAACAAGUGUCGGGCUGUUGGGAUGAAAGUUGAAGGUCCUAUCAGACCCGACAGAACAAGAGGGGGACGAAGCAAUUAUGAUGGCAAGUCCCCUGUCAUGCCCCUAAACAGCAGCAGCAGCAACAUAACGCCACACCACAAACUCAAGCGACCUUAUGGGACUUCGUCAUUGUCAUCACCAGAAGAGCAAAGUGUCGUCAACUGCUGCGAAUCUCGACUAAGCCAUGAGGACAGCGAUAAAUUUGAUUCCCUGCUCCAUCUUGCUGAUCACUGCCUUUACAAGAUUGUCAAGUGGGCCAGGGUGCUUCCUGAGUUCAUAUCUAUAACUACAGACGACCAGAUAUUACUCUUGCAGAACAACUGGUGUGAAUUACUUUUCCUCAACUGUUGCUUCCAUUCCAUGUACCACAGACCAGGCCUACGAGUCAGCAAGCAUCACUCACUCACUCCGCAGAUGGCAGAGGAGUUGGGUGUGGAAAAGGUCAUGGGCAGGUUGACGAGUAUUGUGGAGGAUCUGGAAGAUAUGAGGGUUGAUGAGUAUGAGAUGCCUGCCCUCAAGUCCAUGCUUCUCAUGUCACCUGACAUUGUCAACCUGUCAAACGAGAGGGCAAUUGUUGAGCACCAAGACAGCCUAAUAGAUUCCCUGUUGACUUACUCAAAAGUAAAACACCCCAACAAUCAUAAUCGCGUCGGUGCCAUGGUAACAAAGCUGGCAGAACUUUCUAGAUGCUCCUACGUAGCCAAGGAAAUGCUGACAAACGUUCAGAAUUCUGGAAAAGUGCCUCAACACAGCCUGCUACAUGAAUUGUUGAAAGGAGAUGUCGUGCUGCAUUAA